CUUGUUGUCCGGCGUACAACAACUCCCCAGACCGAACGUAGCUCCCCGACACGACACACGAAAUUGCCCAAGCGAUUCUAGACUAUAUUCCUUCCGAGCCAAAUUCCCUAGACUUACAGAAUGAGCCGACAUCGCUUCAACAAUGUGCAGAUCAAGGCCCUGCCCGGGGACCUGAUGGCCCAAACCGAACCGGAGGCGGGCGGCGAGCCAUCCGGUUCGAAGAAGCUACCGUUGUGGCCCAGCGAGCGGAUUGCCCCGGGAGGUGCCGGAGCCUUUCACACCGCCAAGGUGGAGUACAGCAAGGAGACAGCGGACCUAAUCCGAUUGCUGGUCAAGGAGUCGAAGAUGUCGAUGAUGGUGCGCAAGCAGAUCGAUGAGAGCCUGCGCAAUGGAACCCCGCUGCCACUGCCCGAGCCUCCUCGUCCCAACACCAACAACGAUCCGGACAAGGAGACUCUGGCAAUUUUGGAGCGGGCCCGGAACGCCAAGCGCAAAAAUCUGCGCCAGAUUGAGGCCAGUGGUGCCUACAAUCACAGCUACUACCGUCCGCCCACGGACAACAAGAUGCACGGGGAGAAGGCCAAGUCCAAGCUUCAGUUCACCAUGGCCGGCACCCAUCUUCCCGACCCGGCCGUCAAGCCGCGUCGUCGUCCCCGGGAGGAGAAAGAUGUCACCGAGGAAGAUCUCAUCAAUGAACUGCUGGACCAGAUCAAUGAGCGCGCCAACUGGCUGACCGAAAUGGAGUCGAUGGGCCAGGGCAAGAAGUACCGGGCGGAGAUAAGCGACCAAAUCUCAGAGCGCCUCCGCCGCAUCCAGGCGCUGGAGUCCAAGAUCAAAAUGAAGGCCGAUGGUGGCUUCCGUUUUGUGGACUAAAUGUGUUAUCGUUUCUUCGAAUGGUUAUCCUGUUUUGAAAGCAAUUCAAUAAAUGCCAAGAUUCCUUCAUUCA